AUGUCGGAGAACACGAAACCCCGUAAAAGACUCAUCCUUAAGCUGAGUUAUCCUCCAGGUUCAAGAAACAAAGAUGAAAACAAGAGGAGGAAGAUUGAAGAUUGUGUAAAACCAAUCGUAACAUGUUAUUGGGUUGAUUCAAAUUAUCGUACCAAAUCAUCAGCUUUGUCUCAACCAAAGAAUAAUGACAAUGUUGUUGAAGACAACCAAGUUUCCAAAACAAGAGCUUUGUCUCAACCAGAGGUUGUUGAAGACAAGAAGAUGAUCAAGAACCAAGUUUUCAAAACAUCAGCUUUGUCUCAAACAAAGAAUAAUGAUAAUGUUGUUGAAGACAAGAAGGUGAUCAAGAAUCAAGUUUCCAACAGAGUUAUGCCUAAUAACAUUGAUGUUGAAAACAAGAAGAUAAUCAAGAACCAAGUUUCAAAAACAGAAAUAGGUUUUAACGGUGGGGAAGAGUGUGGGUUGAAGAAGAAACCGAUGGAGUGUGUUAAGAGGAGGCAAUGUUGGUUGAUAUUGAAGAGAAUGAUGGUCGAUAGAGAUGGGUGGGAUUUGCUUUUUUCUCUCCCUUAA